UGUAAUUUAUUACAAAAAUAACUUAAUUAUUUACAAAACUUUUACAUUACAAACAAAUUUAAUUCAAUCCAUAAUGUCACAUGAUGUUAAGGAUUUGUCAUUUACUGGAAAUAAUCCUGGAGCAGCAAGAUUUGGCAACUUUAUAAACUACUACUCAUUUCACAGUUCAAAAGAAAGAAUAAAUAACUUACAUCCUACAAUGUUUUCAAACAUAGAUAGUGAUAAUAUUCAUUGUUUAGAUGUAGGCUGUAAUACGGGGGAACUUACAGAAGAACUAUAUGUUUAUUUAAAAACUAUAUAUCCUAAAAGCAAUAUAAAAAUUUUAGGCAUCGACAUUGACCCUACUUUAAUAGAAAGAGCUCAGGAACGAAACACUAAUAAUGGUAUUUCAUUUGUUACAAUAGAUAUAACUACCGAAAAUGGGUGUGAACAAAUACAAGAAUAUAUUAAAAAUGAAAAGAAAGAAAUGUUUGAUAUAGUAUUUUGUUUUUCUGUCACAAUGUGGAUACAUAUUAAUACUGGUGAUUUAGGAUUACAAAAAUUCUUAAAAUUUCUCAAAGAAAAUUCAAAAUCGAUUAUCAUAGAGCCCCAACCAUGGAAGUGUUAUAAAAAUGCUCAAAGAAGAAUGAAGAAAUCUGGUAAAGUUUUUGAGCUAUUUGAGUCCUUGACUAUUCGAGAUAAUGUAGAUAAAGAAAUUGAAGAUAUUUUGAAUGACAAGACACACAUUAAGAUUUAUGAAUCACCUUCUUCUUCAUGGAAUAGAAAAAUCCAAUGCUAUCAUGUAAUAGAAUGAUCGGAACAUUUGUUAAUUAUAACUAAAAUUAAAGAUUUUGUAUAUUAUAAUUAUGUACAUAAUAUAACAAAAUAA